UCAGAUUUUAAUUAUUUUAAACAUUUUUAUAUUCUUUAUACAAAAUACUUUACCGAAAAGAUAUAUUUGACAAUAUAUUUGAUAUAACAUUACAUAUUUACAUUUAAUUAUAAUAAAUCCAUUGAUAAAAUGGAAGUGGUAGAAGUUUGCACAGAAAGAAAACAUUGUGUAGUCCCAGCUGAGAAGCAAUUAUGCGAUAAGAGUAUGCGAAAAUAUGUACAACCACCAAGAGUCAAAUCAUUUGCUCCUGAAAGAUUAUACAGGCCUCCAUCGAAACCACUUGAUACUUGUACAACAUAUUAUCUCUCAUAUAUGGAUAUGGAUCCUAGAACAGCUCAAUCUAUUCGGGUUCAACCUUAUCGUCCAAUUCAAACGUUCGUUAAAUCAAACGAAAAAUUUUCUCACGAGACAACAAGUAAAAUGAGUUACCAACCUAUUUGGCAUACGGCAAAAAGAAAACCAAUUAAGCCUAAGUACAGAGCUUUGUUAGGACGUGGAGCAUUAGAAAGCGCUACUACAACAAAAUGUGACUAUAUGCCAAAAUAUACAGAAAAAUUAGAUAUGAUAAUACCUUGUGGAAAUAUAAGAAUAAGUGCAAGUCCUUUGGAUGCUAAUACAACUACGGGUCUUUCUUAUGUAAAUCCUGGUAUAAUAGAACCUGCUACUAGCUUUAAACCUGUAAUAAAAUAUCACCGACCUAGUCAUUCAGUUUCAAAGGAUACUACUAACAAAUUAAGUUAUCAACCUUUUGCUGUUAGUAAAAAAGAGAAGUUUCCUUGGGCACAGAAAUCUAUAUAUAAGCCUCCAAGUGUUGCAAUGUGUGCGAAGACUAUUUAUUCUGAUAGUUAUUUGGAGAAUGAAGUAUAUGAAAAGAUGAAACCAUACAUUCCUAGUGUAGCAAAUAUAUUACCUUACAAAGCACAAUUUAUGGACAAAACAAUUUAUAAAGAGAGUUAUUUGCCUUGUGAUGUAGAAAAAGCAACAAAAAUCGUUCCACCCGCUAAUAUUUUUAUAUCAAAUGAAAAAAUAUCCACUGAUACAACAAAUAAAUUGAGCUAUCAACCAGUUUGUUCUAAGAAGCGUUCUCCGAUUUUACCACGGAGUAGAAAAAUGAUAGAAGGUGCAAUACAAAGUGAAACUACAAAUCGUCAUGAUUUUAUACCCAAAAUAAUUGCACCUCCAAAACUGAUUAUUCCAUGCAAUAAUAUUCGUAUAUCAAGAGAUCCUAUUGUUGAUAAGACAACAACUGGUUUGUCAUAUUUACAUCCUGGUCAAUUAGAACCUGUGCAAAGUUUCAAACCUAUUGGUCAUUACUGCAGACCUAUUACUAAGAUAGAUUCUGAGACUAUAAAUAAAUUAUCAUACCAAGCUUGGACGCCAAUUCCUAAAAUGGAUAUGCCAUGGGCACAUCGAACUACAUAUGAAGUUCCUAAGGAUCGAAUGACCACGGAUACAAUCUACCAAAUGAGUUAUCCUUUACCAGGAUAUUAUAUUGAGAAUGAGUGUCCAUGUACGGAAUGAGAGUUUCGAUAAUGAUAUUUCUGAAACAAUACUAUAUUACUCUUGAAAUUAGUUAUAUAAAUUAUAAUUAAGUAUGGAAGUAUGUUACUCUUUUGAUAAAUGAUUUUUUUAUUUUAAAGCAACUUUUUUUGAUCGCUAUAUAUAUAAAAAGGUAUGAUACACUUCACUUUAUAUACUUGUACCUUUUUACUUGCACUGAUAGGACCAAUUGUGGACUUAAUAUAGAUUUUAAUGAAGAUUUGUAAGAGCAUGGAUUAAAACAUUUUAUUGCGCAUAAAUAUAUAAGCGCUACUUAUGUUACAUUUAUAUUAUUAUAAUUACUGUAUACAGGAUGAAUAUAUAAGAGCACAUUAUUUAUCUUUUACAGGAGAUAAAAUUAUUCUCAAUAAUAAAAUAAACUCUAAUCUUUGAUAAAAGGAUCAAUAGACAAUAUUAACGUACAUUUGCCAAAAGAUUCGGCUUAUAUAUCAUAUAAUGAUAAAUAUAAAAAGAGACAACAAUGUGUGCAGUCCUAGCGGGGACAAAAUUCAGCAUAUAUGUAAUGGUGCUUUACAUAUGCAUAACAAUUGAUAAUUCUUUAAUAAUACAUAUAAGACAGGGGAGAGAUUGCAGAGCUCAAAUAUGAAACACAAUUAACUAUUUAAGCUUACAUAUAAAUAUGUAUGUAUCUCUCUUUUUGUGUGUAUGUGUGCCUAAACAAGUUAUUUAAAAUAAACGAAAAUUUUUUCGUUAUGCACAAACGCAAUUUCUACAAGUUAUUAAAUAUAGCAUAAUUAUAUACCACAUACAAACGUUCAAUGUUAGUUUAUAAAAUUCUGAUUCCUGUUAAAAAAUAUUAGUUUAAUGGUAAUCAUUAUAUCAAGUAUUUCUACCAUUGCAUAUUCAUAUGAUCUGAGACACCCUAAGAAAAAUAGACUUAAAGAUAAAAAAUCUUGCUUUGUAAAUACUUUGCAAAACUUGCAAAUUAUUCUGUAAGUAUAAAGUUUUGAAGUGUAAGGCACAUAUUUAGAUCACAUCAAUGUUACAAUAUACAAAUAAGUCUGCAUAUAUCUCAUUCUAUAUUGUACUACUUUGCAAUCUAUAUAUUCAACAGAAAAUAUUAAUAAAGCUUAACAAUUUCUACAUGCUUUCAAGCUUAAAGAUAAAAGAAAAAAUGAUUGUCCACUUUAUAAACUCUGUUGUGUACUAUCUUCAGAUCUAUUGUCAAUUGAUCUUCAAAUCCACUGUCAAUAGAUCUUUCCUAAUUUGAUAUCAAUAAUUCAUAGUAUCUUCAUUAUAGAAAUUAAAAUGAUUUACUAUUUAUCUUUUAUAUAAGAUAAAAAGAAUUUGUAAUACAUUAAUAAACAUCUGAAUAAUUAUUUAUAUUCAUUAUAAAAAAAAGCAUGAUUAAAGAGAAAACCAAGAAUAUUUUCAUGUGAAUAAUUCAUAGUUUUUUCUUAUUAAUACAUAAAAUAUAAAUUUACUCACACUAAUUGUUGUUCUAUCAUAUCUUAUAUAUAGAUCAUUACCUAUGGUUUUUUUUGUACCCAGUGUUUUUCAUAUCUUACAAGGACUUAUACUAAAAUAGAUGAAUAAUGAAAAACAAAACCAAGUAAAAAAUGCCCACUAUAAGUAAAAAAUAUGUGAACAAAAUUUGUUAAUCAUCAUCAUAUUAAAGUAUAAUUCUAUCUUCCAAUAGAGAUAAUUAAUUUUAUGUAAAUUGGCAAUUUUAAAAUUGAUAAUAAAACUUUACUGAUUAUAAUAAUCUAUAAACUCGUUACUUGACAUAACAAGAUUAAUUUCUAUAUUAAAUUCGCAUAGUAUAUUUACGCUUAGUGGUUGCACUUCAGAAAAUAUUGCACUUAUAUGAUAGAUGUGUAAUCGAAGGAUAUAUUAUGUUUCUUAGAUAAGUAUAAUGUGCCUCUACUAUAAAUCCCUCCCCUGUUAUAUAACAAGUGAUCUCGGAUCAUAUCGCUUGGAUUAUAUCCAAUAAGGAUAGAGAUCGAAAAUUAAGGUAUGCCAUGGCAACUCACAACUUUUCGCACCCAAUAUACCUACUGUGGUUUGGUGUUGUAUGACUGCACGAACUCGGAAAAACCAAAACCAUUAAAUUGGUCCAAGUUGAGAUUCUCGUCGAUUGUGGACAGCUCGCCAUGACCCAUCAACUCCACAUAGUCCAUGUCCGAGUUUGGUCGCCCAAUACCUGACUGGCCGAGACCCGGAGCAUAGCUACCACAAAUCAAAACACAACCCCAAUCACUGGCAAUCCUCAACUAUUGAAGCAUAUAACGUAACAUAAGCAGCUACAUUUUUUUUUGCAUAGGGCCUACUUUGUAAAAAUUUCGUGACCGAGUAGCCGGAUAGCCGGUACAACACGGUAAGGGGUAGUACAAACAACCACAAAACACCCACCCAACCAACGAUUAUCGGUCACUAGAUUUUAAAAAAAGAAAGUUUAAUGAACAAGAAACUAGUAUCAUACCCUUUCGUCAUUAAUAUUUCAAUGUAAGAAAAACUGAUAUUAUUAAUAUUUAUUACAAAUAAUGAUAUUAUUAAUAUUUAUUACAAAUUUUAUUACGUUAUGUAAUAGAAAAUAUACAUGGCAGAUGCAACAUAAGUUGUUUAUUAACGUAAAGUUAAAUUGCCAGUUAAAUUAAUAAUGAUUAUGGCAAUUGGAGUUGUGUUUUGCAGAGGUAGCUUGAAAAUCUACAAUUUUCCAUUGUGGUUGUACCGGCUUGCUCCAGGCCUUUACUCUCUUCUUAUUUUUAUUUAAGGAGUUAUUUAAAUGUAAGUUAUAUGUAAAUUAUCAAUUAUAUCAUAAAUCAUUGGACUAUCAUUAUUAUUGUGUCUACUGACACACACAUGGACAUGUAUAGAAAUAUAUUUAAGUAUAUAUAGAUAUAUAUAAUUCUAAACAUAGUAUAAAAAUUUAGAAAGAUCAAAUAUUAUGUUAAAGCCAUGGAUAAGCCGUUUAAUUCAAUUAUUUUUUUUAUCUUAUUUUCGAUUCAAUUCCUUUCGCACUAAGUGGAAGUACAAAAAUGUGCAUCAUUAAGUACUUCUUAAUUUUUUUCUUUCAUAUUAAUAUAAUUUAAAAGGAUUAAUACUUUUAAAGCUUUUUUAUAACAUAAAAAAUAUAUAUAAUAUCUGAAGGUUCUAGAAGUUCCUAUCACAACCUUGAUAAAUGUAUUUCAUCUUACUGUGAUCUUUUAUAUAUGAAUGUUUAUGUUUAACCCAAGACUUAGUAUAUUAAAAAAAUAUUUAAAUAAUACUGAAAAAUAUUAGUUUAUAUUAUACAUUUAUAAUUGUAUAAAAGUACAAAUAACAUCUAUGAAUAUCCUAUCUUUACAUUACUCUAAUAAAGUGAUUUUAAUGACAUUGGAACUUAUAGAACCUUAAAUUGAUGGCAAAGUACUUAAAAAAGAGAUUCUAUAUCUAAGUUUUAUAAUUAUUAAUGUCAUAAUGAAUGUAAGAUUGAUCAAAAUGUUGGCUGUAAAUAUCAAUCUUAUAUAGUAUUAAUAUUAAUAAAAAUAUACAUAUGUUUUUUUAAAACCUAUAAAGAAAAAAAUAACAUUAUAUAAGAUAAAAAUCAAAUUUAACGAUAAUAUAUUUUAAACUUAAAUCAUGCGAGCAAAAACUAGUAAUAAAAUAUAUCAUUAUAAACACUACAAAACGAUUUAGAGAUAAAAAAUUCAUAGUUUUAUGUAGCCCGCUAAUGCAAUAUUCAGCAUAUGAUUAGUAUUAAUAUAGGUAAAUUACUUAAUGUAAUAUUUAUACUGUUGGUUUUUUUUAUACUUUACUUUAAUAAUAUUAAUCUAAAUGCCCUGUAUAAAGGUCUAAGAAAAGUGUAUAUCUGAUGUCAAAAAAAUGUGCAUAAAAAAAAUACUGUUAUAGUUUCUACACAGAAAUUCAGAAGAUAUGCAAAGUAAUAUUCGUAGGAAUGUCAUAUGUUUUCUUUCAAUCGAAUUGCUUAAUUCUUCUAUUCAAUGUAUCACACAUAUCAUCGAUUUGUUCUUAAGAAUAUCUAAUAAUCAUUUUCAUGAAUCAUUUUUUUUCCACGAUAACACUAAAGCAAAAUUGAGAAAAUUUGAAUUUCUUUACACACACCAUCAUAUACAAUAUAAUUGGAUUUCAUAUAUCAAUUUAAAUGUAUAAAAAAAGAAGAAUAAUCUUGAUAAAAUAUUAAAUUUUUAUGCAGUCUUUAUGAAAUAUUGUUUCUUCUUAUCAGAAGCAUAUAUUUACGAUACAGUAUGUUCCAUUGAUUCUUAAGCUAUUAGAAAAAUACAAAAAAUCCUUUUAUACAAAAGUUACUUGGUUUAAAGAGGAAAAAGUAUAACAGUGUAUAUGAAUUUCUUGUAAAACUUUUACUUGCAGAUCUCAUCUUUACACUUUGGAUCUUGUAAAUUUAAUUGUAUAUUAAUAUUAUUCAACAAGGUAUAUAGAACAAGCACCUUGUUUUAGUCAUCUAGAAGAAAUAAAAUCAAAUAGUAAUUUAAGAAUUAAAUUUAAUCGCUACUUUUUAUUUACGAUUAAAAUGUAAUAACUCAUAACAAUUUACAGUUAAUUACAUUUUGCAUAAUUAACAUGUAAAAUUGAUACAUACAUAUAUUUCAAAUCAAAAUCAUUAGUUAUAUUUAAUAAUUUUUGUGUCAUUAUUACUCUACUCUAUACAAAAAAAAAAAGAAAAAAAAAAUAAUGAUAAUAAUAAUAAAACCUAGUUGAUAUCUCUGCAACUAAUGAUUAUAUAAAAAAUUUAAUUUCACUGAUAUACUUCUCCUUUUAAAUCAAGUAAAACUAGUAUACGAAGUUUUUUCAUAUACUUCUAAUAGAUCUAGAAUUAACUUCAAUCAUAAGUACCGUAUAUAUCUAUAUACAGGACGGAUCACUUAACAUUUGUAUUUGAAAUAUUUUUUAUGCAUUUAAAAAUAAUGAAAACUCUUAAGAACAAAUUUGUGUGGCAUAAAAAAGAAAAAUUAAAGAUAAUAAUUUGUAUGCCGUUUGAUUCUUAAGAGUUUCUAUUACCUUUAAAAACAAGAAAUCUAUUCCAUACACGUUAAAUAACUCUCUCUGUAUAUUAAUAUAAGUUCAGAAUAUCUGAGAUUCAGUCUCAAUAUACAAAAUAUUUAUUAACGACUAUGGUUAAAUUUAACUUUGCGCAUCUUCUAUGAAAUAUCUAUGUCAGUAUCUUUCAUGAAACCAAACCUCCAUUUUAAAUACAUUAAAUCCAGGGAACUGACCUGGAAGCAACAGAUGGAGUAUCACGUGUUACGGAUGGGUCAGGGCUAUGUGCUUGGAAUAUAGUAGAAGGAGUAGCAGGAUAACUUCCACCUGGACCACUUUGACUGCUAUUACCAACACCAACCACUGAAGAAUGAGAAGGCGUUUGACCUCCUAUAACUGGACCACCCCAUCCAGGUACAUGUGUCACUAACAAUGGUUUGACAUAUCCAUUUAUCGAUGUCGAUCGGUUUUCUGGUGUAUAAUAUUUGGAAAAAGCAUGAUCUUUCGAUAAGUCGGGAUACAGAUAUAAGAGAUGCUGUAAAUCAGAAACUCGAUCUGCUAAACUACGAAUUGCAAAGUCCUUGCUUGUAAAUGGUUGAAGCAUAAAGACCUCUGUUUGAUCUAAAAAAAAAGAAAACAAAAAAAAAUAAUAAUAAUAAAGUAUAGAUAAAAAUAAAUCCAUAAAUACGUGUAAUAAAUAUACAAUAUAAAUUAAUCUUUUCCUAAUCUUAUUUUGAUAUCAGUAUGAAAUUUGUAUAAAAUGUUUUCGAUAUCAUGUUAUUUAUAUAAUAUAUUACCUCCAACCCAAGCGAUAGUAACUCCUCCAAGUUCUGAAUCUGAGAAACGCAUUAAGAAUGUCCCUGAUGGACAGUUAGCUAACAUUUCUUCUGCCUGUUUUUUUCUGACAAAUCCAAGAAUAUAGCCAUCUAUCCAGGGACUCCUUAAAUGCUCUCUUGUUAAUUUCAUAACAGCGUAGAACCAUUCCCAAAAUGUAAAAUUUCUUUCUGGCAAAGGUUCUUUGCAGAACUGAGCCCAACUGAGAAGUAAACUGGAGUAUUCCUGACCACCUGUAUUUCCGCCUCGAAAUGCUUUUUCCGCAAGAAAAUGGAGAUUAUCGUCUGUUAAAGACCUUCCCGUAGCUGAUCUGAAUUUAACAUUUAAUGCUUCAGCUACUUGUCCCCAUGGUACUUUGUCAGGUACCACAAAAGGAAUUCUUCCAGGUUCUGCAAAAGCAUUGUCCCAUGUAACUGUAGCCCAUGCAUGAGGUUCUUGAUUUCCAUGUACAAUUACUACGACUGGUAAACUUAAAGUCCACACUUGAAAUACUAAUUCACCGCCACCAACACUAAAUUGCGAUUGAAAUAGAAGUGAAAAUUUCUCAUCCAUAACUGAUUCUGUACCCUUCUUCUCGGCCCUUUUAAUCUUUUUUAAUUGCAUAUUUCGAAAACUUACUGAUAAUUGUCGUGUUGCCUAAAAGGGAAAUCACAUGUUAUUAAAAUUAUUUAUAUUGGUUGAAUUUACAGACAAUAUGAAGCCUCCUGUAACUAUCAAUCUUACUUGAUGAUAUUCCAUAGUUCCACUGUUAUUUAAAAUUUCACCACUAGCUUCUCCACAUUUUGCCAUUUUCCCAUUUUUUAAUUGAGCAUUUGCUUGUACUUCACUAAUUAUGCUUACUUUUACCUGAGGCGGUGUCAUAUGAACAUUUAAUUUUCCUCCCACUAGAAGACGUACUGUACUUGU